ACAUUAACGCUGCAGAAAGCUAGCUGCUAACUUCAUACAAUCUGAAUCCCGAAAUACGUAGACUUGUGUACAAAGUAAUGGAUUAAAGUUACAGAGUGUUUUACCUGUGUAGAAGCGAGCCAAAAUAUAGUAUGCAAUGAAAUAAGGGAUGGAGGAGAGCAUCGACCGGUCGACCACCAUCAAUAUCAAGUCUACGUUUUAUUCAAUUUGGUACAACUACAAGGAUAUGGGCCACUGUGAAUAAAAAACUGUGCUUUUUGGAAUACAGAAAAACAGUGUUGAUACCAAUUGAAGAAAAUACUUGCAUAGAUCUACGUCGUUACUUUAAGUUUUCGUUGCCUGAUCGAGAGGACCCCCGUGCCCCGUGGAUUGAGCUUCGACCCGACCUGUGGCUGUGCCGUCUGCCGAGCCUGCGCCUGUGUGGUGGCCCGAAUUCACCGGCCCAUUGACAUCCUAUUGCGGAAUUUGGAAGACGUAUUUUUGGAUCUUGAAUGUUAUUUUCAGUUUGAGAUAAGUUGCAACGAACCCGAGUCAAAAUGCCUAGUAGAGCAGAAGAUAUUUUAAAAGGUUUCAAAGUAAAUUGGAUGAACCUUCGAGAUGCAGAUUCAGGCAAAAUCAUGUGGCAAGGUCAUGAUGAUUUAUCAGCGCCAGAUGGUGAGCACGAAGCCAGAGUGCCUAAGAAGAUCUUGAAAUGCAAAGCCAUCUCACGUGAAGUCAACUUCUCCUCCAUGGAGCCCAUGCAUCAAUUCCGCCUAGAACAGAGAGUACUAUUUAAAGGACGCUGCUUAGAAGAAUGGUAUUUUGAAUUUGGCUUUGUAAUACCGAACUCAACAAACACAUGGCAGUCGACGAUUGAAGCCGCAGCAGAAGGACAAAUGAUGCCUGCCUCAGUACUCAGUGGCAACGUUGUAAUCGAAACAAAAUUCUACGACGAAGAACUCCUCGUAAGUACAUCCAGAGUAAGGCUAUACUACGUCUGACAUUUUGUCCAAGCUCAGACGCUCGCCGCAUCAUCAACACCGCGAACGAAGAGACAUGACAUUAUCAAACCUAUGUAAUUAAAUAUUUUCACAUUUGAUUGUAAAUAUAUAUAUUAAUACCUUGAAAAAAAUAACUAUUGACAAGAGUAAUGCUUUUACAUUCUCUCUUCGUUAUGAUGUAUGAAUAUUUUUUUCUGUUUGUCCUUUUUGUAUUAAAUGUGGCUUUGUUGAUUACAUGUUAAAUGAAAGAGACAUAUGACAGUAGGAAAUGAGAUAUGUGCUUUGGUUUAAAGGACAAGUACACCCCAAUUAAAAGUUGAUUUGAAUAAAAAUAGAAAAAUCCCACAAACAUAA